GUCCCGAUCUCUUCCACCACUAUCAUCCUUGCAGUUGCAGAAACCAUCCCUAAAAUAGUUAAUGAAGAUCACUAGCUUGGCCAUGUAGUAGUAGAACUCAACAAUUUCUGAACCUUCGUUGUUGGUGGUUCCAAGCUUAUCAUGAACUUGGCCGAACACCACGAAAGUAUGUAUCAUGGCCGAAUACAGAAAUACUAAACCAAGUCGAAAAGAGAGUUCAAGAACCAAGCAGAUAUUGGCAUCGAAAAAGCAAAUGGAGUGUCUUCUAUCUUUUUUCUUUUCAGAUGAUUGUGUUGCAAGAAUCACCACAUCAAAGGAUUUCCUCUCUAUCACCAACAGCUUUCUUGGUGGCAGGAGGAUGCCAUGGAUCAGAGGGAAACGAGGACGUGGCUCUAGAAGAUUUGACAGCGUGUUGCAUGACACGUGAAUUAUACAUUAGAACUGUUAUUUAUGAGAGAUGGAGGACAAGGAAGACCGUCUUAUAGGCAUUCGUUCAGAUUUAUAUUUUCCGAUAUGUCGAGAUAGAGAUGAAGAUGCAGGGGCCAUGCUGAAGAGGGAUGGGAACUCUAACAGCAAAAACUCAAAGGCCAGCACCUCCAAGGGCAACAAUUCAAAGGAUGAUAACUCAAAGGGCGACAUACAAAGCUGCAAGAAACCAAGGGUAAGUCCAGGUGAUGAGAUGCCACCGUGGACAGAGCUUCCCGGGGAUCUUCUUUAUGUUAUAUCCAAACAACUCAGCAUCCAAGAUUACUUCUCUUUUGGCCAAGUCUGUACAAAAUGGAGGUCAAAUUUUGCAGUCUCCAAGAAGGCCAUCUUGACAUCCAUACCUCCACUUCUCCUUCUCCUAUCACCCUACAGGCCAGAAUUCUGUUAUUUUUACAACUUAUCUGAUGGCAGCAUUUUUGAGAUUAAGAUUCCUAGCAUAUCAAUGAAAUUAUUUCAUGGGGUUUCUAGUGGAUAUUUGGUCAUGGAAAGCCUUGAGAAUGAUAUUUGGCUGACCAACCCAAUCACAAGGCAGCAUCUUGUCGUGACCAAACCACCAGAAUAUACUAAGUUAAAUAAAAUCUUUGAUCUUCUCAUCAUUGCUUUGGUUAUCCCUCAAAAAGAAAUUCUCAUGGUGGGUCUAACUAAAAGGUGUCUACAGCUCUGGUUUCGUCGAUCCACAGAUUCCAGAUGGACUUCUUGUGAGUAUGGCGAGGACAAGUGUUUCUUGGAUUUGAUUGUCUUUAACUUCAAGGUUUAUGUACUAGGCACUGAUUGUGAGAUUGGCUUUUUAAACCUGAAAUCUACUCCUUGUCUGACAUUUCUGCCACUCAAUGGUAAGCCUGGAUCAAGCAGACAUAGUAGGUUUGUGACUUCAGGUGAUCGCCUUUUGGUAGUUGACUUUUUACUAGAAAGAUGGCUAUGUGUUUAUGAGAUAGAUCUCGUGAAGAUGGAAUGGGUGAAGAUCACAGACCUGGGUGAUGAAUCAUUGUUUUUCUCUAGUUCUAAGGGUAACAGAUUGUUCUCUAGUGCUAAGGGUAGCAGAUUGUUGAACCCAAAGAAAUGGGGAGGGCACAGCAACUGUCUCUACCAACUUGAGUUCAUGUUAAAUAAGUGCCAUGUGUAUUCCCUUGAGAGAGAGUUGGUUGGUGAAUACAUAAUUAACGUGAACAGUUAUAAUCUAUAUCCUUUUGGAUGGUACUUUCCUGAGAGUGCUUAUGACAUGGAUGUUGUUCGGGAUGACGAGUAAGGUCUUAUGGACGAGAAGAGAAGUUAAAGCAUAGGGGUUUUGCUGCUUGUUUGCUCUCUUCCCCCUUUUAAAAUUUGGUCAGAACUUCAAACUUUGGAACUUUUUCUGGGUUUUUUGAUGUUAGUUUCUCCUUGUUUCGGACUUGUUUUUGGUUUGGAACCUCCAAUAACUCUAAAGUAGGGCUGGUGGUUGUGACUUUUGAUCGCUAGACUCUACUGUCUGGCCUUUGUUUGUUUUGUUCGUCUAUGUUUUUAGACAUUAUGGAAACUUUUGAUGCUUUCUUUUUGUUUAUUGGGACUUCAUUUCUUGUUGUUGA